AUUUAUUGAUUGUUAUAAAUUGAAAGCAUUUUAGCUUGAUCUCUGCAUUAGUGAGACACAGUACUCCAACUACCUAGACGCUGUACACUUAUUGUUCUUGCUUGGAAAUGAGUACCAAGUUAGCCCUUUUCCUUCUGGCUCUUGUAUCGUCAAAUUUGGCUUUGUCGAUUACCGAAAGAAUACAGAGAAAACGUGAAGAAAUCCCGUGCAACAGAGAAGCUGUGGAAGCGCUUAGACGUAUGGGCUUACAAGUUGAACAUAUCAGAUGUUAUUCACAAAAUCAGGCAAGAAGUUUCCGUUUCUCAAGAGAUGAUUCUGAAAGAAGAAAGACGUCAAAACGUAGUAGCUGCUGUGGUCCAGAAUGUGAAUGGAUGAUCAAGACUGCUGGCGUUGAUCCAUCCACGGUUUCCUGCCCUAGCAAGGAGUGACUCCAAAUGUUUUAUGAUUUCCGACCUAAAACUUAUUUUGAUUGGAAAAUGYAAGAGAGAAAACAAAACAAAACUAAAAGAAAUUGAUUGUUUAUUUAAAAUUGAUGCCAAGAAAAAAAGCUAGUGCAAUUCUGUGUGUUUUUGAAUCAUCGAUCUUGGCAGCUAAUUAAAGUAAUGUAAUAAUAAAGUUGUUAAAAAAGUAUUAAACACUACUCGCUUUUCCCA